UCUCCCCGUGAAACCGAAAAGCUGGAGCUGCCGUCGAUCUCGCAGGUCCACACCCGCGGUCCUGCUGACGCCCCCUGGUACAAUCACCACGCCGUCGAUCGUCCAUUAUUGCCAGGCGACAAGCUCCCCGCACUCAGCCUACCGACGGCCUCUCAGAUUCCAUCGCGCUUCGUCUAUCCAGACCCGAGCUCCGUCAGCUCAAGCGCCCGUACAAGCUUGUCCAGCGCCGCUUCCCUUCACGAGCCCAGAAGCCCCCCUCCAUCUGAAUUGGGGGCCCAAGGUCGCCUCUCACUGGAUUCGGAGUACCAAGUCGCCCAAGAGGGCUAUUACCCCAGCCCAACCUCGCUUGGCACUAUGAAUCAGGCUCAACCCUACAUGGAUGUUCAUUCCCAUAUGUCCUCCGCUCAACCUUACGCUUCGCAAGCCCCCACCGCUGGUGCCAUGUCGCACUACCCUUAUCACCAGCAGCCCCCGGUGCUGCAGCCUGCAUCAUCCUAUGCUCCGCACUCCUACCCGCAGUACGGCUAUCCCAAUGGCGUGACGUCCCCGCCGACUGGACACCCACCUCCUGCGAGCUCCAUGGCCGGUCAGAUGCCCGCUCAGUUGUUGCCUCUCCCUGUGAACCAUUCCGCGGCCCCACCGGGAUACGGGAACAACACCGGAGCACCGUUGCAAGGCUUCGUCUACGAUUCCACGGGUCAGGUGGCACCUCCAGGAGCCAAGCCUCGCGUCACAGCGACUCUGUGGGAGGAUGAGGGUAGUCUCUGCUACCAAGUGGAAGCCAAGGGAGUCUGCGUCGCUCGGAGAGAGGACAACCACAUGAUCAACGGUACAAAACUACUGAACGUGGCUGGCAUGACCCGUGGCCGUCGCGAUGGGAUCCUGAAGAGCGAGAAGUUGCGCCAUGUCGUGAAAAUUGGCCCGAUGCAUUUGAAGGGUGUCUGGAUUCCGUUCGAGCGCGCAUUGGAGUUUGCAAACAAGGAGAAAAUCACGGAUCUUUUGUAUCCGCUCUUCGUGCAUAAUAUUGGUGGUCUGCUGUACCACCCGGCAAAUCAGACUCGGACCAACUUGGUGGUGCAAGAAUCCCAGGCUCGACGCAUGGAAGGACCCCAGCGUACUCCGACCGCACCUCAGCCCUCGACUCUGCAUCACCACGCGAUGCAGACCCCAAUGUCCUCGCACAUGUCUCAACCAUCGUCCAUGGGCGGUGGCCCGCGCCCAGGCAUUGACCGCGCGAACACCUUUCCCACCCCGCCCGCUAGUGCAUCGAGUUUGAUGGGAGUGACCAACCAGGGGAGCUCAUAUGAAUGGGGUGGCCAGGGAAUGAACUCGGGAGUGCCACAACAACAGCAGCCUCUGUCAAUUGACACCGCGCUGAGCAACCAACGUUCCAUGCCGACCACCCCGGCCACUACUCCCCCCCGGUAA